AUGGGACUAAACGACAGCAGCCCGGGCGCCAUGCGGAAUGGCCGCGGCCUCUCGGACCAGUGGGCAGAGUCGGUGGUGGUCCGGCCUCGAACCACCGAGCGCCACAUCACCGUGCACAAACGGCUGGUGCUGGGCUUCGCCCUCUCCAUCCUCACCCUCAUCAUCGUCACGGCGGUGGCUGUGGUGCUCAGCAUCCGCUUCGAGGAGUGCGGCGGACGAGAUCGCGAUGGAGCGACGGGCGAGUCCGGCUCGCGAGGCACUGGAGGGUCGGCCAAGUUGAACGGGAGCAGAGGUGAGAGGACGGGGGAGAGGGGUGACGACGAGGCGGUCCAGCCGUGGAGGAAUUUGAGGCUGCCGGGCUCGUUGAGGCCGCGGCACUACGACCUGGGGCUCGCCGUCUACAUGGACAACUUCACUUUCUCCGGAGAGGUCAGCAUCGAGCUGGAGUGCGUCAACGCCACAAGAUUCAUCGUGCUGCACACUGACCGCCUUGAGGUGAACCGGGUGUCCGUCACAGCAGAGGGCGGCGCCGGCGGCCGUCCCGCCAACAGGCCCGGGGGCGGAGCCAUGCGCAUCCACCGCCACUUCGCCUUUCCGGCCAAUCAGAUGUACGUCGUGGUUCUGCACCGCGAGCUGAAGCCGAUGAGAGUUUACCGGCUGAACGUGAGCUUCGACGCCGCCAUCGAGGACGAGCUGCUGGGCUUCUUCAGGAGCUCGUACACCCUGCACAGAGAGAAACGUUACCUGGCUGUGACCCAGUUCAGUCCCAUCCACGCCCGGAAGGCCUUCCCCUGCUUCGACGAGCCCAUCUACAAGGCCACGUUCUCCCUCACCCUGCGCCACGACCCGCAGUACACCUCGCUCUCCAACAUGCCCGUGGAGAGCAGCUCGCUUUCGGACGAGGACGGAUGGGUGACCAACCGCUUCGCCCGCACGCCGCGCAUGUCCACGUACUACCUGGCCUGGGCCGUCUGCAACUUCACCUACAGAGAGACGCAGACCGACAGCGGCGUGACGAUCCGCUUGUACGCUCGGCCAGACGCAAUUUCUAGCGGAGCAGGGGACUAUGCUCUCCACAUCACCAAGAGGCUUCUGGGAUUUUACCAGGACUACUUCAAAGUUCAGUACUCACUGCCCAAGCUAGACUUGUUGGCGGUGCCCAAACAUCCCUACGCCGCCAUGGAGAACUGGGGGCUGAGCGUGUUCGUGGAGCAGAAGAUCCUAUUGGAUGCUGAAGUGUCGUCGGCAUCCUAUCAGAUGGAGCUGACUAUGGUGGUCGUCCACGAAAUCUGCCACCAGUGGUUCGGUGAUCUGGUGACUCCGGUCUGGUGGGAGGACGUCUGGUUAAAAGAAGGUUUUGCUCAUUUCUUUGAGUACGUCGGCACCGACUUCCUCUUUCCAAAGUGGAACAUGGAGAAGCAACGCUUCCUGACUGAUGUCCUCCAUGAGGUGAUGCUAUUGGAUGGCCUACGUUCCUCCCACCCAAUCUCCCAGGAAGUGGAGCAGGCGACGGACAUCGACCGAGUUUUUGACUGGAUUGCCUACAAAAAAGGGGCAGCGUUGAUCCGGAUGCUGGCUAACGUGAUGGGACAGACGCUGUUCCAGAAAGGACUUAACGAUUAUCUGCUGAGUCACAUGUACAGCAACGCAGCCAGAGAUGACCUGUGGAGCAAACUGUCUCAGGCCAUGCGUUCAGAGGGGCGGGACAUCGACAUUGGACAGAUGAUGGACAGGUGGACUCUACAAAUGGGCUACCCCGUUGUUACUAUCACCAAGAACCAAUCGGAGCAGCUCCCAACUCAUUACAUCACUGUCAGCCAGGAGCACUUCCUGUACGGGCAGGAAGGCAGGAGCAACAACAGUUUACAGUGGCAGGUUCCGUUGACGGUCGCUGUGGGAAAUGCAUCCAGUGUUUGUUCGGAGAGCCUCAUCUGGAUCAACAACAAGACAGAAACCCACAGGAUCAGUCGGAUGGACGACAACACCUGGUUGCUAGGCAACAUCAACCAGACAGGCUACUUCCGUGUGAACUAUGACCUCCAGAACUGGAAACUGCUGAUACAACAGCUACACAACAACCCUGAAAUCAUCUCGGUUGGAAACAGGGCAGGACUUAUCGAUGAUGCCUUUAACCUGGCCAGGGCUGGGUACCUCCCACAGGGUGUUCCCUUGCAGCUGAUUGGCUACCUGCCGGAGGAGCAGUCCUUCCUGCCGUGGCACUCUGCCAGCCGAGCGCUCUACCAGCUGGACAAACUUCUGGACCGCACAGACGAAUACAGCCUAUUCAGUGACUAUGUGCUAAAGCAGGUUGCAUCGCGGUACCAUCAGAUGGGUUGGCCAACAAAUGGCCCCGGCAGCGAGGGCAACGUGCUGCAGGCGUCCUACCAGACUGAGGAGUUACAGAGGGAGCUCAUCAUGUUAGCUUGUAGCUUCGGGAACAAACAGUGCCACCGUCAGGCGGUCGCCUACAUCUCUGACUGGAUCUCCAGCAACAAGAACAGGAUUCCUCCCAACAUCAGAGACAUCGUUUACUGCACUGGGGUCAGUCUGAUGGACGAGGACGUGUGGGAGUUCAUCUGGAUGAAGUUUCACUCCACCAACGCCAUUUCAGAGAAGAAGAUCCUGCUGGAGGCGCUGACCUGCUCGGACAACACCUUCCUCCUCAACAGGUUACUGAACCUGUCUUUAACCUCUGACCUGGUCCCAGAGCAGGACGUGAUCGACGUCAUCAUCCACGUGGGCAGAAACCCGCAGGGUCGAAACCUUGGCUGGAAAUACUUCAGAGAAAAGUGGGACAUACUCAACGCACGUUAUGGUGAAGCGUUGUUCAUGAAUUCGAAGCUCAUCGGUGGAGUCACAGAGUUCCUGAACACUGAGAAAGAACUCAAUGAGUUAAAGGAGUUCAUCCAGUCCAGUGGCGUGGGCGCGGGGCCUGCACUGGCGCGGGCGCUGGAGAUCGUCGAGGGCAACGUGCGCUGGCACCGCCUCCACCGGCGACAGUUCUACCAGUGGCUGCGAAAGCCUCCGAGCCCCGCGCUCGGCUAACGCUACACCGGCUGGCUAGAGUGAAGCGACUGCAAACUGACUGCUAACUUAAUGCUAAUGCACUGCUAGCUUACAGAUUCAGUCAGAUAGAAUGAAAAAAAGUAUUGAAUGAUGAGAGAGACUGACUUAACUGGUUAUUCAGCUGAUUUCGCUACUCCUUUUGCACUGAAAGAGAUUUGUUGCAAACAUUUUAUUUCAGAUGGUUUAUUUCUUCAAAGCUGCUAGUUAGCCAUCACUGAUUCAGUAAUUGCUAGCUAGUAACUAGCGUCAGAACUAUCCAAUGACUAAAUCGCCCCCAAAGACUGACGAUGGACACAGAGAGAAGAAUCUGCUGUCAGAUGAACAAUAGUCAACUACAAGAUCUUCUGAAUUUAACUUGAAACAGAUGAUUUGACCAACAGCUGAACAAACUUUGAACAUUACCAAUGAAACAUUUCAGUAGUUGUACAACAAAAUAUAAAACUUGUGAAAUGCCCAUACACAAAGAACUUUAUCUGCAAAACAUUUAGUUGCUAUAAAUUACAAUUACGAUUGGAAAAUUCGUAUAAUUUCAAUUACAUGAGUUGGCAUGGUUGCUUAUUGCCUAAAUAUAAACAAAACUAUGUUUUCAGGCAGUUUUUGUGUAAACUACAAAAUAACCAACUCAAUUCAUCAUUAAAAUAUAAUUAAAAUAUUGUGGAACAUACAUGAUAUACUAGGGUUUGAAGUACUAUACGGCAAUGUGUUGUGUUUAGGGCUGGGUAUCGUUACUUUUUAAGCUAUCAACCCAAAUAAGUAGUAUUGAAUCUUCUCCAGUCAAACGUUACCGGAAUAUAAUCUUUUUUUGUACCCAGAUCUAGAAAAAAAUUACUUUGUAUGAUCUUGCUUGCAGCCAAUCACCGUAAGCGCUCUUUGAUUGAAUGGGACGUGUGAUCGGCCCACUACCGCAGCAGCUACAACCCAUACAGGCUGUGGUGUGGGGAAGUCGAGCGCGGUAUAUUCCACAGUUUUGGCCGUUUAGUGCAGAAAUUUGUCCAUUCACAUGAUGGGUAUUGGAAGUACUCUAUUGGAAUUCGUAUCACUUUAAGGGUAUUGGUACUGGUGUAGUAGUUUUUUAAACUAUACCCAGCCCUAGUUGUUAUGUGCCCUCUCAAUAAAAUAGAUGUUUGGUCAGGUAACACAGAUUUUAGACACUGCCUCAUCACCAUCACUUCUGCCUCACAGCUUCUUAUGUCCAGGCUACAAGUCUGAAAAUCAGAACCAGAACAGUCAUGUCAUGAAAUCUGCCAAAGCAGACUAGGGAAAACAUCCAGACAAAAAUGUCUCAUUCUUAAAGAAACAAGCACCAUCUCUAGCAAGAUGAAAUUCAUAUCUGUACUUUUCUGCAUUUUGAUUAGCUGGCUAAAGAUAAGGCUUGUGUUUUCAGCCCCUCUUGGCUCCAAUCCAAAUUCCUCACUAACCGGAUAACCAGAACAGUUUGAAUCCGACCUUCCUGCAUUCGCUACAUUAAACCAUCUGACAUUAAGAGGCAGAUGAACCAGAAGUCAGCUGCAUGUCGGUCAUUGAACAGAGAUGUAAUUAACACAACAUGGACUCGGUGUCCUCUGAUCACAGCACUCAGAGGACUCAUUCAAACUCAUUAAAUCUCUACAACAUUCAAGCCUCUUCAGCUUGAAUUUAAAGAGCAGCUUUGUUUUUAUUCAAGAUCUAAAAAUCCAGCAGUUUGGAAAAUAUCAGCGGGUUUGGGACGCUUUGUUGGGGCCUAGCUUUAGAAAUAUAAUUUGAAUAUAAAAAGCUUAUAACCUCAAAAUGUUGCUCUAAACCACAGAGAACACUGUAUGGGGAGGCAGAUGUGGUGUUUUGGUCUGUUUUGUGUUUGAACCAGGAGAGCUGGAAAACCUUGUAAAAGCCUUAAAGUGAAAAACAAUUAUCAAGGCCUUAGGCAUAAUAGCACACAUCCCAUUAUGCCUAAGGCAAAAUGGGAUGUAACAAAUGUGCAAUGGAAACUUAAUCCGAUAUUAUAUAAAAAUGCUAGAGCUAAACUUUGAAAACAGUUACCUGUCUGUUGAGAAACAAAAUCGCGAGUAUAUUCGAUAAAUUACAAAGCGUAAGCCACAUUAUUUAGGACAUCAUGCUUUGUUCUUCCUCAAUUUAAAACCCUAAACGUUGCUGUAUCACUCCCUUGUUUGCCCAUUUUAUUUUUAAGUUUCUCAGUAAAUUAAGAUUGCAGAAAAGAAUCAAACAUCAUUUUGGGUUUCAUGUCAGAUGGGUAAUGUACGCAUCAUCAACAGGUCGUUGACAUAAGCAAAGCUUUGAAUUAUGGAAUUUUCAUUCUCUGAACACUGCAAUUCUAAAUGUUAAGUGUGCAAAUGUAUGACCCUACAAAGUACAUAUUUUAUGAAAGUAAACAAAUGUUAGUGAACGAUUUUGACACAGCUCACGUUAAAAUAGUUUUCCCAAACUUCACCCACUUGAAAUCUGUCAGUGAACUCGCCUAUUUAGUGACCUUGUAAAAGCUGACAGUAACUCCUAAGAGGGACUGAUUGAAUAAAGGAACUGACAGAUGGGUGAGAAUGUGCAUAGAAUCUUUCUUUGUGGGAAACUGAAAGGAGUCAGGGGACUAUGAAAGUGACAGUUAUUAUGACAACCUUUCUGACUGACUGCAACCUUGGGAGAUUAAAACUCUGACCAAAUAAAAACAGAUCUCAUUGGUUUCACAAAGCACAAAACCAUAUAGUUGUUGGACAGGAAGUCAUGACAACAAACACUUAGAUAUUUUUUUGCCAAUUAAUAGUUAGCAUUCAAUCAAUCCCCCCCCCCAGGUGGACGAAUAAAUGAGUGGACUAAAAAUGGAGGAUGGCAAAAUUGGGGAAAAGAAAAUGGCAGACAAGGAAAUUAAGACUAUCUGGUUUAUGUUGAGUGUCUUUAUAUGUAGACGAUGUGGCAUUUUUCAAGACUGUUCAUAUGGUGGCUAGUCAUCGGUGGACGCUUACAGCUUGUGUGACAGAUUUGACAUAGUGACGGGUUUAAAAAAAUAACAGAUUCUGCAGCAUGAUGGAUUUUGUUGCUUGGUGGAAUUCACAGUGUAAAGUCUUACAAGUCAGCAGUGCUGUAAAUUUCAGAGUGAUUGAUUCAUGAAAUUCAUAGCCUGACGGACCUUUCAAGGCUUUGAAUGCGAAGGAUUCUUCAAUGGACAACAUUAUUUGCUAACACUUUACUUGAAGGUAUCGACAUAAUCAUGACAUGACACUGUCAUGAACGUGUC